AUGCAGCAACCCGGGAAUGUAGUGAAUGCCGAUCUAAAGUCAUCUGAUAGAAGAAUGAGUAGCUAUUUAAACGAUAAACAGCAAAUGCAAGCAGCUCUCAUUGAGUUAUACCAACAAUUCUUCAUAAAAACAGAACUCUCCCCGCUGCUGCCUGAGAUUGAGAUCGGUGUAGGCCGGGUGUAUGUGCCUCCAGAGCUUUAUAAAAUUGAUAGUAUCGACGACUGUAAAGAUUCCGAGCACGAAUAUUACAAUAUUUACGGAGAUGUGAAAAAAUACAGAUUGAAAGUAUCUGAGUUUCUUAAAAACAUAGCGAAGAAAAUCAUAUUGAUAACAGCUGAUGCUGGUAUGGGAAAAACGACACUAUGUCGUCAAAUGAUAUUUUCAUGGUGUUCAGCUCACGAAAAAAAUGUUGCAAGUCGUGAUCCUACACCACCGUCAUCCUGUUCGGAAGAUUCAAAUAUAUACAGUUGGUUUAGCUAUUUUCGCGAUAUAGACUUCUUAUUUUUCAUUUCACUUAAGUAUUGUGAUCAGGAAUCCACAAUAGAAGAAAUGAUCUUAAAACACCUUAUUGACGAUAGAUACUCCGAUUCUCUUUACAAACUCCUUCAAUAUGGAGAAGAGAAAUGUCUUGUUAUCCUGGACGAUCUAAAUCAAUGGAUACCACCUGUAGGUUGUCGGGAAUCUCCAACGAUAUCAAAAGGUCUUCCGUUAAGAGAAACGAAGAGUAAAUAUGCAACAAUGUAUACCACAAGGCCAUGGAAAUUAGCGGCAAUCAGGCCUAAAUCAGGAGAAUUUGACAUGAUAAUUGCGCUUGAAGGAAUUGAUACCGGCUAUUCAGACGAACACAUUACUCUCGUGUCCCACUACCUUAAUGAAAGGACAUGCCGCCGACGGUAUUCUGAAAACUUCCUCGCCAGUUUGGCAGAUAAAAACCUUAACCACCUGAAAAAGUAUCCUUUGUUGUCGAAAUUAUUGCUAUGUUUAUGGCAUGACAAGUCGAAUCUUGAUUCUUCUCUCGCUGGAAUUUAUAGCGCAGUCAUAGAUCGUCUGAUUGGCCAAGCAUGUAGAAGUGGUGCUUUAUCACAUCUUGACAGAAGUGACGAAACAACUGAAGACUUAUGUGAAUUGAUGACAAAGUUUACAGAUAAAGAAUAUUUUAAAAAAUAUUUCGACACUGUAGUUGUACCACUAGCCGAAUUUUCGUUUUGUUUAUAUAAAUAUAAGAGGCGUUUUUGUUACAUAUAUGAAACGACCAACCUCUGUUACUAUGGACUGACUGAAGACAAACUGAAACUGUUUGUAGAUAUUGGGAUUCUGUCUGAAAGAAUAUGUUACAGACGAAGUGUCUCGGAAAGGUGCAAGAUAAUUUCGUUCGUAUAUGAGACAUUUCAAGACUUUUUUACUGCCGUCUAUUUAAGCAUAUACCCAGGUGAAAUUUCAGACUGUUGUAGUACAGCAGAAAACAUCUUGAGAAUGAGUCUUGUGUUUCGAAUUCUAAGCGGUUUGAAUUUUAGUGCAUUGAAAACAAUUUCGGAUAGAACACUUAACAUCAUUGACAAUGAUGUCAAUUGUCAAGAUUUCCGUUGUGGCUUAUCAUCUUACAAAGGGUUUGUAAUUGAAAUUCAACGUAUGUGGUUAGGAUGUAUAACAGAGGCCCGCCAGUGUAAAAUCAGGAUAGAGCCUUUGGCGCUAAGAGACAUCUAUGUAGGACAUGAAACAUCUGAAUACAUGUUAUCAAUAUGUGAUAUAGAUUUUGGAGAAUUAAGGUCGCUGUAUUGUGAUAUAGACAUUCCAUUGUAUACACAGAAACACAUUGCACAGGCAAGUCAGUUAGAUAUGCUAGUCUGUAAUAAUGCUGAAUAUGUGGACACUAUUAUACUGGGAGACAUCUUGAGAAAAAAUCAAAGUUCCUUAAAAUGUCUACGACUUUCGGGGGAGUAUCUAACGGUAUUAAAUAUUUCUGCUAACAUGUUUCGGAACCUUCGCAGGUUGAUGAUGUCAGAAUCAGUAAUAAAAGGUGAACAGUUUGCAAAACUGGUAACGAAUUCGUUUAGCCUUGAGAAAGUUCAAUUAUACAAUGUUAAUAUAUUUGGUUCCGAGGAUGUCGGGAAUGAAGCAAACUCAAGUGAUAUAUUACCAUUCGUUUCGAGCGUACAAUAUUUAAUGAUGCGCAAUUGCGGCAACGUGUUUAAGUUCGUUAGCUUGCUUCCUUCACUUAAAUGUUUACAUUUCGAAAGAAGCAGUUUGCAUUUAUUGAAUGACAUACUCUGUAAAGGCACCAAUUUAACGGAAUUAACUAUUCAGGAAGUUGACAUUGGAUAUGACAAAAGCGUAGCAAUCUGUGUUUCAAAUCAGCAACAUCUUAAAUUACUGUGCUUACAUGCCGUUAAAGUUAGUCAGUUUCGGUUAUAUGAUUUGCUAGAUGUUGUCGGUUAUCUUCCAAUGACAGUUAGGGUAAAAAUAAAUGAUGUAGAACAAGAGCAGGGAGCAAACGCGAAAGAUGUUUUUCGACAUCUGGAUAGUACAAAACUGUAUUCCAAUAACAUGAUGACAUUUUACGCAAUUGAGAAUUGCAUUAAAAAUGCAGAUAUGUUUUCCUUUGGUACAAAAGUGUUGGAUGCGUAUGAAUAA